CCCGGCGGCUGUAGGAGCAGCGAGUGUGACAGUGAGCGGAUCAGAAGCAGAGGGCGGAGUUAUUGAUCGCGCUAAGGGGAAGCCAACGUGUUUCCCGGGCGCUGAGCUCAUUCCUAAGCGGUAAGUGCGCCGGGCGGAUGAGAUUCAGCACCAGAGACAGCUCCGCCGGGCUCCACCAUUAUUCCUGCUCCCCCGCUCCUCUACUUUCAAUGAGGCAACGUGAGUCGCACUGUCUGCUGCUGCUGCUGUCGCUACUGGUGCUUCAUCUGCAGCUCAUCGGAUUUCAGCAACCUGACUCCGUCUCCCUUCCCUAUAACUGCUGCUGCUGCUUCAGAAGGUCACAGUCCUCUCCCCCAGUCAUAGGAUGAGACUCUCUGACUGUCAGUUGUGCUCAGGGUGAUGCUGCUCAAACUGACACUUGGGUAUCGGUCAGUUCUGGAAGCUCUGGAUGAUUUCUACAGCACAGGGAGCCCACUGUCCACUCACCCACCCAGGCAAUGUGACCCCUGCUGCUCCUCUACAUCAUCUGCCCCAUUGACAUAUGGAUUUCUCUUCUAACCCUGGGAUCUGUUAAUUCCCUGCAGUCUCUUUUCCCUAAAGAUCUGCCCCAAGUGAAGUUUGACGGAAAAUGUUACUGAAGUUUUGGAACUGGAUAGCUUUUCUUAUAAUAUCUGAGACGUCUUUUAAAUGGGCCUUGGCGCAGAGCGAAGAUGACUGGCAAUAUGAGGAUUGUAAACUGGCCAGAGGCGGCAUACCUGCUACUAUAGUUGCCAUAGAUGAAGAAAGCAGAAAUGGCACAAUAAUUGUGGACAGUAUGCAAAUCAAAGGGACAGCAGGAGUUCCUGAUGCCACUAUAGAACUUUCCUUGAAAGAUAAUACAGACUUCUGGGUCAUCUUGGAGCCAAGAACACAAAGGCUAUACCUUAACAGUACUGGGAGAGUUCUAGACAGAGAUCCACCAUCAUCCAUCCAGUCAAUCGUUGUCCUUGUACAGUGCUUGAAUAAAAAAGUUGGCAGCAUCAUUAACCAUGAAGUACGAAUAGUAGUACGGGACAAAAAUGACAACUCACCCCAGUUCCAGAUGCAGAAUUACAGAGCAGUUGUAAAUGAGUUAACACCAGUUGGAACAACAAUAUUUACUGGAUUCUCAGGGGAUGGAGGAGCUACUGAUAUAGAUGAUGGACCAAAUGGUCAGAUUGAAUAUGUUAUUCAAUACAACCCCAAUGACACUACAUCAAAUCAAACCUUUGACAUUCCUCUCACAUUGUCUGGAGCAGUGGUAUUAACACGGAGGUUGAAUUAUGAAGAGAAGACUCGCUAUUUUGUCAUUGUUCAAGCCAAUGAUCGUGCCCCAAAUCCUAAUGAACGCAGAACCAGCACAACUACUCUGACAGUUGAUAUCCUCGAUGGUGAUGACCUGGGACCCAUGUUUCUGCCGUGCGUCUUAGUGAGCAACACUCGUGAUUGCCUCCCCGUAAUGUACAAAGCAACCAUUCCAGAACUCCGAAGUCCUGCAGCUGUAAACCCAGUCAAUAUCACGCCAACAAUUCAAGCUAUAGACCAGGAUCAGAAUAUACAACCUGUCUCAGAUCGGCCUGGGAUUCUUUAUUCAAUUCUUAUGGGCACGCCUGAGGAUUAUCCCCAGUAUUUUUCUAUGAAUCAAGCUACAGCAGCGCUCACACUACUGAAGCCAGUAAACAGAGAUUUGCACCAGAAAUUUGAUUUAGUGAUAAAGGCAGAGCAAGACAACGGACACCCCCUUCCAGUGUUUGCAAACCUUCACAUAGACAUUUUGGAUGAGAAUAAUCAGGCCCCAUAUUUUACAUUUCCUACAUAUCAAGGCUAUAUUUUGGAGUCUUCACCAGUGGGAACAACAAUCUCAGACAACCAAAAUUUUACUGCACCAUUAAAAUUUGUAGCUCUUGAUAAUGAUAUUGAAGAGACAAAAGAUCCCCAACUAUAUCUCUACUUAAAUGCAUAUCGUACAGUUUUCUCUGUGACACCGACUGGAAUAAACCGUUACCUUACUUUGCUUCAACCUGUUGACAGAGAGACCCAGCAAAUCUAUCGAUUCUCGAUGAUAGCUUCGGAUGGCACCCAAGAAAGCUUUCCAGUCACUGUCGACAUCAUAGUAAUCGAUGCAAAUGACAACACUCCAACUUUCUCCAACAUUUCUUACAAUGUCAAGAUUUAUACAGACGUGAAACCAGGAGAAAACAUCAUCCGACUUACAGCUCUUGAUGCAGAUGAAGGAAUUAAUGGACAGAUUACCUAUGAAAUCUUGGCUGGAUCUCAGGGAAAAUUUGAGAUUUAUGGCAGAACUGGUGUCAUUACAAUCUCCCCGGGAAUGACAGUGUUGGUGGGAGAAACGUUUGCUUUAACUGUGAAAGCAUCUGACAACGCUCCUCUCAGUCAAAGAAGAAGUUCUAUCACAACAAUAUACAUUGAAGUACUUCCACCAAACAACCAGAGCCCUCCACGCUUCUCACAGUUGAUGUAUACUCUUGAAGUUAGUGAAGCAAUGCGGAUUGGAGCCGUUUUAUUAAAUCUACAGGCCACUGACAGGGAAAGGGAUCCAAUUACAUAUCUAAUUGAAAAUGGAGAUCCUCAGAAAGUCUUUAAUUUGUCUGUGAGUUCUGGGCUUUUAUUGUUAGCAAAAGCUUUGGACAGAGAAAGUACAGAUCGCUACAUUUUGAUAGUAACAGCAUCGGAUGGCAGAACAGACGGGACAUCAACUGCUACUGUUAAUGUGGUGGUGACGGAUGUGAAUGACAAUGACCCAGUCUUUGAUCUUUACUUGCCUAGAAAUCUCUCCGUCCAGGAGGAGGAAUUAAAUGCUUUUGUUGGUCAAGUUAGGGCAACAGAUCCUGAUGCUGGAGUCAAUGGCCAAGUCCGUUAUAGCCUAGCAAAUCUAAACAAUAUUUUUCGUAUCACUGCCAACGGGAGUAUAUACACAUCUUUAAAGCUGGACCGUGAAACAAAAGAUUAUUAUGAACUUAUUGUUGAAGCAACAGAUGGAGCAGUGGACCCACGACGUAGUACAAUAAACCUUGCAAUUAAUGUGAUUGACGUUGAUGACAAUAGCCCCCAGUUUACAAACUCCACUUAUUCUGCCUCUGUGCCAGAGAAUAUGAUUCCGGGCAUGGUGUUCUUACGUGUACAGGCAAAAGAUGCUGAUCUUGGUGCUAAUAUUACUUAUCGCAUAAGAUCUCAGGAAGUUUUACAGUUCUUUGCAAUGAACCAGUCAACUGGAGAGUUGUCCCUUUUGAAACCCCUUGAUUACGAGUCAUUUGCAAACAAGGAGGCUGCGUACAUGUUUAUCAUUGAAGCAUUUGAUGUGACAGGAACUAUGCCCCCUGGACUUGCGACUGUAACAGUACAAGUUAAGGAUAUGAAUGAUUACUCACCUGUAUUUACUAAAGUCCUGUAUUGGGGAAUGGUAGCUCCAGAUGCUCUCAAGGGCACCCUUGUUACUACAGUUGCAGCUGAAGAUAAAGAUCCUCCGGGCUCACCUGCAAGUAAAGUUCGGUACAAGGUAGAUGUGGUUCAGUUCCCAUACAGCGCCAGAAUAUUUGAUGUUGAAGAAAAUACGGGUCGUGUUUUAACCCGGGUAAAUCUCAAUGAAGAGCCCAGUACAAUUUUUAAGCUGGGUGUCAUUGCCUAUGAUGAUGGAGAUCCACUGAAAUAUAACAGCACCACAGUUAUAAUCACAGUUUUGCAGCCGUCGGUUAUUCCUCGUUUCACGCAAGAUGAAUACAGGCCCCCUCCUGUCAGUGAAUUGGCCCUACUUGGAUCAGUUGUAACUGUGGUAACAGCUGCUGUGUUGAAUCAAACUAUAGUGUAUUCAAUUGUCUCAGGAAACGAUCAGGGAAUAUUUGCCAUUGAUAACAGCACUGGGGCUAUCACUGUUGCAAAGCCAUUGGACUAUGAAAACACAACAAGCUACAUGCUCAGAAUCCAAGCAGACUCGAUGGAAGUGACUAAAUAUAAUCUACGAGCUGCUUCGAAAAGUAACACGGCUACGGUUUACAUUGAAGUACAAGAUGAAAAUGACCAUGCACCAGUGUUUUCCAAAAAAGUCUACCUGGGUGGAGUUUCGGAAGAUGCUAGAAUGUUUGCUUCAGUGCUUAAAGUUAAGACCACUGAUAGAGAUACCGGCAACUACAGUGCCAACAAUUACAAGCUGGCAAUACCACCAAUCAAAGAUAGGAAAGAAGGUUUUGUCAUCGAAAUACACUCUGGUAUAAUUAAAACUGCGAUGCUGUUUAAAAACAUGAGACGAUCGUAUUUCAAGUUUAACGUGAUUGCAACAGAUGAUUAUGGAAAGGGUCAGAGGAGCACAGCGGAAGUUAUUGUUUCUGUGGUCAAUCAGUUGGAUAUGCAAGUUGUUGUCUCUAAUGUUCCUCCGACAGUUAUUGAAGAAAAUAUAGAUGAUCUCUUAAGGAUCCUAGAGGGAUACGUACAGGACCAAAUCCCUGGUGCAUCGGUGGUGGUGGAAUCAAUAGGGGCUCGGAGGUACGGCGGUGGGUUCUCCCAAGAGGACUACACCCAGAGCGAUCUAAUGAUUUAUGCAGUUGACCCCAAAACUAACAGAGCAAUAUCACGGAAUGAGCUUUUCAAGUUUUUGGAUGGGAAAGUCCUGGAUAUCAACAAACGGUUCCAGGACUAUAUUGGUCAAGGAGGUCGCAUUUUGGAAAUCCGAACCCCGGAUGUUGUAGCCAAUGUAAAGAAGCAAGCGCAAGCUGUCGGCUACACAGAGGGAGCAUUACUUGCCCUUGCCAUUAUCAUCAUUCUCUGCUGCAUACCCGCCAUUAUGAUUGUUUUGGUCAGCUACAGACAGUUUAAGGAGAGACAAGCUGAGUGUGCAAAGACAGCAAGGAUCCAGAUGGCAUUACCAGCAGGCAAACCGUCAACUCCUGCUGCCAAUAAUCUGUAUGAAGAGUUGGGUGGCAGCACUAUGCGUGGAUAUGCUCAUCAGGAGCAACAACAAUUACUGAGACCUUCUCUUCUAAAACCUGAGGAACUGUCUAUGGAGUCAGGAAUUGAUCCUGGUCAAGAAUAUUAUGGACAAGACUACUACAGCUAUGAACAUGGGUAUGAACUGCCACAGUAUGGAAGUCGUCGCAGAUUACUGUCACCAGCUGGAAUGUAUGAAGACUAUGGGGAAGUGGUCAUGGAGAAUGAUGGAGGGUAUUACUACAGCCCCCAUGGGCCUGGAACAGAUGGUGAUAUUGCCAAGAAUAAAAGAAUAAAAUUAGUUGUUGAUCGGGAAUAUGAAACCAGUUCAACUGGGGAGGAAAGUGGCCCUGAAUCUCAGAAGAACCGACUCAGUCACCCAAACAUUCAAAACAACGUCAAUGGAAAUAUCUACAUUGCCCAAAAUGGGUCUGUGAUUAGAACCAGGCGUUCUUGCCUCACCAACAAUUUAAAAUUAUCUUCGCCUUUGAGACUAGGAAAGCAAUUCAAGAAAUUGGACAAGUUGGGAGUGACUCAUGAGGAAAAUAUUCAGUUGAACACUUUGUCUAAAGGGGCCUCUAUAAAACUAAACUCCAUACCUUCUUGUAUAUCUCUGGCCUCUAACAAUGCCAUGGCCAAACACAUAACAUUCAAGCCAGGGGAACAUAUAUUGAAAAGCACAGAAGAACAAGAGUCUGUUGUUGAUAAUAAUGAGGACAUCAAAGAACCAAUAGAACUGCACAGUGAUCAAACACAAUCAGAUGAAGAAGAGCUAUGGAUGGGGCCUUGGAACAAUCUUCACAUACCAAUGACAAAACUAUGACCUUUUUUUAAACACUGAUUCAGUUUCUUAAAGACUGCACUUUCUAUGAUCACAAUUGAAAAUAAUAUAUAAUUCUAUUGUGCACAUUUUACUUUAUUUCAUUUACAAGUAACACAAAUUGCACUCAAUUUUUUAUGUUUAAUUACUCUUUCCCAUGACUUUUUUGACUGGUUAAUCAUUGGGUGCCAGUGUGAUCCCACAUAUGUUAAAUAAUGAUACUCACUGGGCCAUAAUGGUUUAAUUUACUGCAUAAAUUAACACUAAAAUGUAUAAUUGUUUCUUUCUUAAAAUAUUUUGUUAAAACAGCAACAUUUUAUCAAUUUUAAAUAAUUUUCCAAAACUCUGUAUCUCCUGUCUAACACACUGUACAUGUGUUUUUACUGUGCACAGUAAAUUGAAAGAACGAA